AUGUUCCACGGUCCCACGCACAGCCACGGGAAGGUUAGAGAGGACGAGAAGGUGGUACGUGGUAGUGAGCGCACGGGCAUCAUGUGCGACCCGCGCCUUUCCCUUCGGACACUCCUCGUCCCCCUCCCCCGUCCUCCUCUCCGCUUUCCCCGUCCGCCAGUGCGCCAGUGGGGCAUGCCCACGGACCUGGCAGCGGUGGCGCUACUGGCGCAGGCGACUUUUGAGGCGACUCAAAAGUCACAUGGCAGCCGUGGCUCUACGGGCGCAGGUGGCGGACGACUAAGUAUUCAGAGGGGCGGGCUGCAACUGAGGGACACCGUCAACGCCGUCAUUCGCCAGCGCCGGUUCAACGAGGCCAUAACGUGUCCGCGCUCGCAGCAGUGCGCCGGUUCAAUGAGGCCAUCAUGUGUUUGCGUCCGCAGCGGCAGUCCUCAACUCCUCUCAUUUCCUCCUUGUUCCGCCCUCUCUCCCGCCUCUCCCACCCUCUCCCCCCCUCUCCCGCCCUCUCCUCCCCUCUCCCCCCCUCUUCCCCCUCUCCCCCCAUCUCCCCCCCUUUCCCCCCCCUCUUCCCCUCUCUUCCCCCCACGCAGGCAGAGGCGGUUCAACGAGGCAAUAACGUGUCUGCGCCCGCAGCAGCGCUUCUCCCAGCUGCUGGAAGAAAUGAAGGUCCUCCGCUGUGGCCCCCGCCUGGGCGGAGCAGGGGGGGGAGGAGUGGAGCCAGGGGGAGCGGGACAGGGAGAGGAAGGCCACGGGGGGGCAUUUGAAAGGGAGAACGGACAGGGAGGCUGA